AUGGGCGAUACUCAGUGCUUGCCUAGCCUAGAAGAACAAAUUAUUUAUGACCUUAUUCAUGAUCCAGAUGCACAAAUAAUUAAAGGGCGAACUCGUGAGGUUAAUGAAAUAAACGUUAUCAAUGCUUCACUUGAAUGUAAUCCUGAAGCCACCGAGGCGACGAAUGACUCCCUGAGAGAAUUAAUUAGUAUCAAAAUUCCCAAUCCAAAACCAAAUGAGAUCUCCCCCAGCAAUUCUCCUACAACGAGCAAUUUUCUAUUGUAUAGCCACGUAGAACUAACUAAUUAUGACCCUAAGCAUGUUUCGCCUGUAAAAACCUCCCACGGUGAUCAACAUAAAAAAGUUGAUUCGAUUGCAAAGAAAUCGACAAAUAUUAUCGACCACAAUUUACCACUUCUUGAUAAUAAACGAUUUAACCCGACCUCUCCACCUCUCAAAGUAAACUUACAGAGAUCGGAACAACCAAAUGGACAAAUACGAAGGAAUUAUUUUCGAAAGCGCCCCCGAAAACGUUCUCGUGCCCGACUAUCCCAAGAACGAGACCGAGAGAAUUACUAUUACCAAACCUCUACCAAAACAGGCCAAAACAUCAAAGUCCCAUGGUUCCGGUAUCAUAUACAAAGAAAGAACCCAGAUUGGAUCGAACAUCUAGAUCUGGUACGUCGAAUAACUGUCUCACAAUAACACGUAGUUCAGUUUAUCAAUCAGAGCCCCAUGUAAUAGAAAAUCCCACACAUGAAAUCUCUACAAGAAUUACUAGACGUAAGAGACGCCCGUAUCAGAAUCCAGGUAGAGCAGUCAACUAUCAUGCUCUGAAAAAUUUGAAAAAGAUAAAAAUCCCCAAAAGGUAUGAUAUUCCCACCAUUCUAUCUGCGAAUGUGAGGUCGCUGCCAUUGACGAGAUUGAACAUAUAGCUCUGCUGAAUUCUGUUGGUGCUAUUUGUAUAACCGAAACUUGGUUAUCGCCAGAAAUUCCUGACUCAUCCAUUUCUAUUCCUGGUUAUAAUUUAUUCCGCAGGGACCGAAUUGAAACGUCUGGUGGUGGUGUGUGUGUGUACGUAGACCAAAAUAUACCAUGCAAACUUCUGGAAUUCAGUGAUCAAACGGAGCUCGAAUCAAUAUGGAUAUCAAUGAGACCACAUAGUUUACCACUGAGAAGUUACAUCAAUCGUAGUAGGCGUGGUCUAUAAUUCGACGAGUAAUGGGAAACCUGAGAACAUUAUUUUACGUGAUCAUGUUCAAAAAAAUCUUGAUGCUGCGUUACUUAAACAGCCAAAUGCAUUAAUUAUUCUAACAGGCGAUUUUAAUCCAACAUCGACUGGUUUUAAUCAAAAAUAUAUAACCCCAGUGAAUAGCCUUAAACAGUUGGUUACCUUUAAAACAGGGGAUUCUGGUAUUUUAGACUGGUUGUUUACGAACAGACCUAAACUGUUCUCUUUAACCCAGCUACCUAGGAUUGCAUCAUCUGACCAUUAUUCAAUUCUGGCAAAGCCUAUACUUGGAGGUGAAACUAAACUAAUAAGUAAAUCUAAAAUACGCGAUAUGAGGGAUAGUGCGUGGUGUGCGCUAGGUCGAUGGAUUACUCAAAAAGAUUGGUCCUCUGUCCUCGAAGCUAAUAUGUGUAAAGAUAAAUUUGAUCUUUUUAACUCAGAUCUUAACCAGGCUAUUGAUAGAUUCCUUCCACAUAGAUUCCUUCCAUUCCUUCCUUCUAAGAUAAAAAAAAGGGAUUCAAAAACGCCAAUCAGCUUUUAUCCAGCAAGGGAAAAUUUCAACAGCAUACCGAUAUUGGAGAAACAAAGUCCAACGUUCCAUUCGUGCAGCAAAAUACCAAUAUUAUAGCGUUGAAGUUACUGAUGUACAAAGAAUUAAUUCCACAAAAUGGUGGAGAGAAAUUAAAAAACUCUCUGGGCAAAGUUCAAAACUGGAAUGGCACCAUCAGUUUCUAGAAAAUAGCUCUGACACUAAGUUACUAGCUAAUAGGAUUAACAACUUCUUUACUGGCCUUACUGAUAAUUUUGAGCCCUUAACUCCACGCAUUGUAUCCCAUGAAGUUCCACAGGAUUUCUUUGUAACUGAAAACGAGGUCUACAGAGCAUUAUCAUUGCUCCAAGUAAAUAAAUCAGUCGGUCCUGAUUACAUCCCGAAUACAGUCCUGAAGGAAUUCGCGCACGAGUUGGCACCUAUCAUCAAAGAUAUUUAUAACCAAUCAAUGAAAGAGGGAUAUAUUCCUGAACUCCUCAAAUCAUCAAUUGUUAUUCCAGUACCGAAGAUCAACCCCCCUAGAACCAUAGAAAAUGACCUCCGACCUAUCUCGUUGACAUGUACCAUAGCAAAGGUCAUGGAAGGCUUUACAUGCACAAGACUCCUACCUCAGUUAGAAGAUAAGCUGGAUCCGCGCCAAUAUGCUCGUAAAAAUCAUUCAACAACAGAUGCUCUACUAUAUACAUUGCAAGCAAUCUACGAAGCAGUGGAUAUUGAUCAUACCUUAUUGAUCAUACCAUCCUACACGAACUAG